GCUCCCUCGGUCCCUGUCUGCCCGCCUGCCCGCCUAGCCACCCUCUCUGCAGCCGCGUCUCCGCCUCCAGCCCCGCCCGCCGCUACCGCAUUGCCGUACUGCAGGGGCGCUGAGCGGGACCCCCUCCCGGAGAGAUAAAGCCGCCAGCGCCGCGCUGCCAGGCCUCUGGCUGAGACCUCAGCUCCGGAAUCACUGCUUGGUACCCCCUCGCUCAGAGGCAGAGCACCUCCAGUUCUCACCAGCCCCUCCCCACAACCCAGACAGAAUGGGCAAGGAGAAGACCCACAUCAACAUCGUGGUCAUUGGCCAUGUGGACUCAGGCAAGUCCACCACAACAGGGCACCUCAUCUAUAAAUGUGGGGGCAUCGACAAGAGGACAAUCGAGAAGUUUGAAAAGGAGGCAGCUGAGAUGGGCAAAGGCUCCUUCAAAUACGCUUGGGUGCUGGACAAGCUGAAGGCGGAGCGAGAACGUGGCAUCACCAUCGACAUCUCCCUCUGGAAGUUUGAGACCACCAAGUAUUACAUCACCAUCAUCGAUGCCCCAGGCCACCGAGACUUCAUCAAGAACAUGAUCACCGGCACGUCCCAGGCUGACUGUGCGGUGCUGAUCGUGGCGGCAGGUGUGGGUGAGUUCGAGGCGGGCAUCUCCAAAAACGGGCAGACGCGGGAGCAUGCACUGCUGGCCUACACGCUGGGUGUGAAACAGCUCAUUGUGGGUGUGAACAAGAUGGAUUCCACCGAGCCUGCCUACAGUGAGAAGCGCUACGAUGAGAUUGUUAAGGAAGUCAGCGCCUACAUCAAGAAGAUCGGCUACAACCCUGCCACUGUGCCCUUCGUGCCCAUCUCUGGCUGGCAUGGCGACAACAUGCUGGAGCCCUCCCCCAAUAUGCCGUGGUUCAAAGGCUGGAAGGUGGAACGCAAGGAGGGCAAUGCCAGUGGUGUGUCCCUGCUGGAGGCCCUGGACACUAUCCUGCCCCCCACACGGCCCACUGACAAACCCCUGCGUCUGCCACUGCAAGACGUGUACAAGAUUGGCGGCAUCGGCACAGUGCCUGUGGGCCGUGUGGAGACUGGCAUCCUGCGGCCUGGCAUGGUCGUGACCUUCGCUCCAGUGAAUAUCACCACAGAGGUGAAGUCUGUGGAGAUGCAUCAUGAGGCUCUGAGUGAAGCCCUGCCCGGAGACAAUGUGGGCUUCAACGUGAAGAACGUAUCGGUCAAGGACAUUCGCCGAGGCAACGUGUGCGGGGACAGCAAGUCUGACCCACCCCAGGAGGCCGCCCAGUUCACCUCCCAGGUCAUCAUUCUCAACCACCCUGGGCAGAUCAGCGCUGGCUACUCGCCCGUCAUUGACUGCCACACGGCCCACAUCGCCUGUAAGUUUGCCGAGCUGAAGGAGAAGAUUGACCGGCGCUCUGGCAAGAAGCUGGAGGACAACCCCAAGUCUCUCAAGUCAGGCGAUGCAGCCAUCGUGGAGAUGGUGCCCGGGAAGCCUAUGUGUGUGGAGAGCUUCUCCCAGUACCCGCCUCUCGGCCGCUUCGCAGUGCGUGACAUGCGGCAGACGGUGGCCGUGGGCGUCAUCAAGAACGUGGAGAAGAAGAGCGGCGGCGCUGGCAAGGUGACCAAGUCAGCGCAGAAGGCGCAGAAGGCGGGCAAGUGAAGCGCGUGCGCCCGCGGCGCGACCCUUCCCGGCGGCGCCGCGCCCCGCCCCCCGACGCGCCCCGCCCCCUGCCGGCCCCGGCCCCGCCCCCGCCCCCGCCAGGCGCAUGUCUGCACCUCCGCCUGCAAGAGGCUCUACGUCAGCGACUGGAUGCUCGCCAUCAAGGUCCAGUGGAAGUUCUUUAAGAGGAAAGGCGCCCCGCCCCGGCUUCCGCGUCCCCCCGCUGAGCUCAGUGCCCCUUUCACCAAUAAACUGAGCGACCCCA